CUGACCUCAUCUUCUCUCUUCUCUCCCGUCCUUCUUCCACCCCAAUCCUGACGCAACACCGUCAUGGCUGAAAAAAUCGACGAGAAGAAAGUGCCGAAGACCCCUUCCGAGCGGGAGUCCUUUGGUGAUGAGGGAAGCGCCCCGGGGGAUGUAUACCAGGGCGACCACAAGCUCGUGCGGCAGCUCAAGAAUCGCCAUAUCGCGAUGAUUAGUAUUGGGGGUGUUAUUGGAACGGGUCUGUUCUUGGGAACUGCGACUGCGCUGCAUAAUGGAGGACCUAUCGGUCUUUUACUCGGAUACCUCGCUGUUGGGAGUAUCACCUACUCGGUCAUGAUUUCGCUCGGUGAGAUGGUUGCCUACCUGCCCAUCCCUGGUGGACAUAUCAAACUCGCGGAACGUUUCGUCGACCCUGCUUUUUCGUUCACAAUGGGAUGGAACUACUGGUACAACUGGAUCAUCCUGCCCGCCGAGCUAUCCGCUGCGGCCGUGCUGAUCAACUACUGGAACAAAUCUGUCAACAACGCCGCAUGGAUCACGAUCGUUCUCGUCGUCGUUGUGGGGAUCAACAUGUGCGGCGCCGGCGCCUACGGCGAGGCCGAGUUCAUUUUCGCCUCGAUCAAGGUUAUCACCAUCACAGGACUGAUUAUUUUGGGAAUCGUGCUCGACCUCGGUGGAGGCCCAGACCACGACCGACUUGGGUUCCGGUUCUGGAAGAACCCGGGCCCCUUCGCCCAAUAUGGCGGAAUCGGCGGUUCCAAAGGCCAGUUCCUCGGCUGGUGGGCUGUCAUGACCCAGGCUGCGUUUUCCUACAUUGGAACUGAGAUCGUGGCUAUUGCCGCCGGAGAAGCCAAGAACCCGAGACGUAACCUUCCCAAGGCCAUCCGGCGCGUGUACAUCCGUAUUCUGCUGUUCUAUAUCGGCGGUGUGGUCAUCAUCGGGCUGCUCGUCCCUUCCAACAGCCCCGGACUCGAUCUCGGCUCUGGCACUGCGGCCAGCUCUCCCUUCGUCAUCGCUAUCCAGCGAUCUGGCAUCAGGGCUCUUCCCUCGAUCAUCAACGCUUGUUUGCUGACAUCUGCCUGGAGCGCGGGCUCGAGUGACUUGUACACCAGCUCUCGUGCGCUGUACGGGCUGGCUGCCGCUGGCAACGCUCCCCGGAUCUUCUUGAAGACCCUCAAGAAUGGCUUGCCAAUCGCCUCGCUCGUGUUCUGCUCUCUCUUCACGAGUUUGGCGUACAUGGGUGUGAAAGCGGGAUCUGGGAAAGUCUUUGGAUGGUUCUCCAACAUGACCUCGAUCGCCGGCUUGAUGACCUGGUUCGGUAUCUCGGUGACGUACAUCCGGUUCUACAAGGGCAUGAAAGCGCAAGGAUAUGACCGCUCCACUCUGCCCUUCGCGUCGAGCCUGCAGCCGUAUGCGGCCUGGUACGCGAUGAUCUUCUGCCUCGUGAUCUGCUUCUUCAGCGGAUGGGCGACGUUCUUGAAGGGCAACUGGUCCGUCGCAAAUUUCGUGACGAAUUACCUUCCGUUUGUGCUGUUCCCGAUUCUGUAUGCCGGAGCCAAGUACGUCUACUACCGCAAGGGACACUCGCUGUACUGGGUCACCCCCGAGAAGAUGGACUUUGUGACCGACAUCGCGGAGAUCGAGGCGGAGGAGCACGACGACCCCCCGCCCAGGAACAAGCUCGAGGCGUUCUGGGCUUGGCUAAUGUGAGAAAUGAGAUCGGUAACAUACUUAACCUUAACGUAGCACACAUGUGCGCUUGUAAUGAAUCCCGAAGAUCAUAUCUAUAGUAUGCAUUCACUCCUGGAGCACUGUAGUCCGUCCAACCAGCUUGAAUUUGAGACCUUGCUGCCCGAGGCCACGUGCUCAAUGGCUUC